UCAAGUCCAGACAGGCAGCCUGAAGAGUGCGAAGCCCACUGUGGUGAUGAAGAUGGGAUGUAAAGUGCAGCUCAGGGAUGUUGUCACAUCUGAAUAAUAACUGUCACCUCACUGCAGGCCGCAGGGAUCAAACAUGAAUUUAUAUUUAUACUGUACACUGACUUAUCAUGUCAGUCCAUCUGCAUCCUCUUCCUCCUCUUCUUCUUCUUCAUCUUCUCCUGUGGCUGCCUCAUAUAUCACAGGACAGUUUAGACUUUUGAAGACGGCACUUAUUGCUGAUUUUCUUUGUAUUUAUACGGCUCUUUUUAUGGCCACAUAUAGGCCAUCGCAGAGAUUUAUGGCACACAUAUGCAGUUGUGGGAGGAAUAUUCAGAUGCUUCAGGCUACUUGGAAGUAGAAAUACCACAAUCUGAAACUACUCCAUUACAAGUAAAAGUCUGAAUUCAAAAUGUAACACAAGUAUUAUCAGCAAAAUGUACUCAUGCAGAAUGAUAUUAUUGUGUUUCUAUCACUAACUAAUCCUAUUUAAUGUUGCAGCUCAUCAACACUGAGCAAUUUGAGAUUCUUUACACACUGGGUAGAUUCAUCAUAUCAUGACCAGCUGCAGAUUUUGAGGUGGAUGCAGACGACAUGCCCCUCUUAAUAUUUAGAACAUGCAUUUGUCCCCCCAAUACAAACAUAAAAGUAGCUGAGGAUUUUUAUUUGACAAUAUAAAAGGCAUUUACAUCAUGAACUGAGGCAGAAGAGGCAGAAAUUGGUGCAUAAAAACUCAGAAUGCAGGAAAUAAAGUGUUUGAUGCUCACAUUUUUCUGGCAUUUCAUAUGUGUCACCUUCAAUAUUAAGUUUAAACCUAUGCCCUCAUGUAGGCUACAAGUGUCAGAUAAAUGUUGUGCAGUAGUUGCAGAAAAAAGUAAAGUACAAGUUUGUCAAAGCACCUGUAAAUACAGUUACAAUCCAGCACUGCAUAUAGCGCAAAACUUAAUUUAAACGCCCGGUCCCUUUUACUAGCCUGGUGUGGCUGCACAUUUUGACAGAUAAAGGCCUGUCUCAAUUAGAGGCCUGGUCUGGAUUCCCAACACAUUCUCACUCCGACUGUCCAGAAACAAUGUGAAAGGUACCCUGUGUUCUGCCUAUUACAGGUAUUGUCUUCUUUCAAAAUACACUGCAGUUGUCACAGGAAAUUUACCAUUUACACACAGUCUCUUUCAAAAUAAAAGCACUAUGUCAGUACAACAUCGCGCAUUGAUUUUUUUUUUUCCUCUACCAACUAACACAUGUGGUUGGGUUUAGGCAACAAAAGCGCGUGGUUCUUUGGAUGUAUAAAACCGGAUUGUUGGCUACCUAAUUAGUUAGCUGUUUAGAUCGCACAGACAAAUGUAAAUGUUUAAACUUUUGUCAGUAUGGAGACGCUAUACAGUGUUUGCUCAGUCAGAAUAUGCGUCCUUUCCUCGAUUACCCUGUGAGUUAUUCAUAUUUCUUUGGUUCAUAAGGGUCCACUGAUCAAAAGAAUCAAAAGUGCUUCUCAUAAGAAUUAAUCCAAGUUAUGAAUAUUGUUUUAACAGGAUAAAGUGGUGUUGUGGCGAUAUGCCGGGUGUCAUAAUCCUUGCGUCCCAUGAAAUGAGAGUCAUAACAUAACACAUGAUUGAUUUGUUAUUUAAAGCCUAAUUUUUAUACAAGUAAUAUUCACACUGGUUCAAAUAAACAAUUUGAUCAUAUUUCCUUUGCUGAGCAACAGUUUUGUGUCAAAGGAAUCAAAGGCCUGUCUCUAUUACAGGCCUGUUUAGGGAUUUAAACAAAUAAUAGCCUGCGGUAUUAAUUGAAGUUUUACGGUAUAUGCUAAGUUGCCAGUUUAUUAGGUACACCUGCAUGUGUCUUCAUUCAUAUACAGUAAACAUCUCUCAGUAUGGCUCAGUACAGUCCAACACUACAGGCUUCAUGAAGCUGUUUGACAAAAAGGAAAAUUCCAGAGCUUUAUGCCACUUCUCAUGAUCUUCAUCAGCGUGUAGAGCUGCCUCAGUUGUCAUUGCUAACAGUGGAAACUGCAUACAUACUGUAAAACCCAUGGGAUGUGGCUGAAAGCUCCUCGAACUGUCCAGUAAAUGGACCUUCCACUAAGAAUACAAGGGUAAUUGCAGGGCUGUUGCACUGAACUAUUAGGUUUAGCUAAGUGUACCUAAUAAAGUGGCAGCUGAGUGCAUGUGCGUACAAAUUUUCAUCUUUUAUGUGAAGCUAUAGAGACAUUUAACUCAACCUUGUCUUUAAAUGAAACUAAACAAAAUCACCUUUCUCACACUGCAGCUAUAUCAGAAUCAGAAUCAGAAUCAGAAAUACUUUAUUGAUCCUCGAGGUGAAAUUAUUUGCGUUACAGGUGCUCCUUGCAAGAGUGGAAAGAUAAGUGAAAAUAUAAGAAUAUAGCAUGGUUUUAACAAGUAGAUCAGAUUUCUGUUCAAGUAAAAACAAGUGAGAAAUUCUAAAUCGCAGGAAAUGUCACAUUAGUCAGCCCAAGUUAAAUAAAUGAGUUGUUUGAAAUACAAACACAAGAUAUCUUACUUGAAAUCAUUAAGUUGUUUUGAAAUAUUAAUACUUAGUUUUCAUCCCAAUUUGUAAAAUAUCGCUGCUUUAUCUGUAGACUUUCACGUGUACGUAUGACACGCUUGGUAUCCUCUUGCCUGUGUUGUUGACAUUCUUGGACACCAUGCUGUUACCUGCAUUGUGUUUUUUCCAAAAUAAACAGUUUCUGCUGGUUAGACACAUACAGUCCUUUUCAAAAUAAGCUUCCAUUGUUAAACUUCUCGUAUUUACUUUAUUUCCUUGUGAAACAAAAGCAUGUGGUUAGGUUUGGAUGCUACAAACUGCUGCCAGCUGGUGCGUUUCAUAACACCGCCAAAGGUGCCUUUAUACGUCGGUAUAUGCAGACAUCCACUGACAUAGCACCGGUACGCUGCCCAGUGCGUAGUUGCUAAAGAUGCCUCUGUGCUUCAGUAUCUAACGUCCAGAUCAGUGAGAAGCAGUGGUGUUUGGAGCGCCCCCUAGCUCACCUGGUAGAGCAGGCAGCCCAUGUACAAAGGCCGUGUCCUUGACGCAGCAGCUGCAGACUCACUGCCAACCCACAGCUCCCUGCUGUGCGUCCUUCCCCCUCCCACGCUAGAGCUGUCCUAUCAAAUGGCGAGGCAAAAAGCCCCCAGAAAUAUCUUCAAUAAAAAAAAGCAGCGGUACUUGACAAGUUCGAAAUGAGAGCUAUCUGGUAGUCUUUACUACAUCAAGAAUACAUCUAAAGUCAAAUUAUCAUGUACUUCAUAGACCUUUAGUUUACUUAAACUCGAGUGUAAGUGCACUACGCUAGUUUGAUAGUAUAACAUACAAUACCUAGCCCACUUUUUCCAGCAAGUACCUUCAUGUCUUCUUAGGCAAUCGAUUGCUAUUCUAUUAAAUACAACUAAGAAAUUCUAAAUUGCGGGAAAUGUCACAUUAGUCAGCCCAACUUAAAUAAAUGAGUUGUUUAAAAUACAACAUAUUUUAGUCGAAAUUAUUUAGUUGUUUGAAAUAGUGACUCUAAGUAGUCUACUAAGUCAAGAGCACAUCUCAAGUCAGUAUCAAGUAGGCUACUCCACUGGCCUAUUGUUUGCUUUUAGUUACCUAUCACAUUGCUGUUCAAGGAAAUAGAGUUGAGAAAUUCCAAGUUGCAGGAAAUGUAAAUGUAAAUAAAUGAGUCGUUUGGAAUACAGACACAAUAUAUUUGACUUGAAAUUAUUAAGUUGUUUGAAAUUGUAAAUCUAAGUAGUCAACUGAUUCAACCGUACAUCCGAGGGAGAAUUAUCAGGUAGGCCUACUGUUUUUUUAGUUACUUAAUCUCGCAUUUUAGUGUAAUAGCUACACUAAAAAGUAUUUGUUAGUAUAACAAUAUCCCACUUUGCUUAAAUCAAAAACGUACCUUUGCUCUUUUUUUUAAGGCAAUUGGUUUGCACAGUUUUAGCAAUCAGAUCACUGUUCAAGUAGCUAAAUACAACUGAGACAUUCUAAGUUACAGGAAAUGUCACAUUAGUCGGCCCAACUUAUAUAAAUGAGUUGUUUGAAAUACAAACGCAAUAUAUUCUACUUAUUAAUUUUAAUUAUUAGUUAGCGUAACGUACAGUACCUAUUCCACUUUACGUAAGUCAAAGAAGCACCUUUGCUGUUUUUUGAGGCAAUGGGUUCACGUGGUUGCUGUUCAAGUAAAUGCAAUUAAUAAGUUGCAGGACAUGUGACACUAGUCAGCCCAACUUAAAUAAAUGAGUUGUUUGAAAUAGUAAUAAUCUGCUAAGUCAAGAGUACAUCUCAAGUGAAUUAUCAAGUAGGCUACUCCAUGUUUGCUUUUAGUUACCUAUCACAUUGCUGUUCAAGGAAAUAGAGUUGAGAAAUUCCAAGUUGCAGGAAAUGUCACACUAGUUAACCCAACUUAAAUAAAUGAGUCGUUUGGAAUACAGACACAAUAUAUUUGACUUGAAAUUAUUAAGUUGUUUGAAAAUGUAAUUCUAAGUAGUCAACUAAGUCAACCGUACAUCCGAAGGAGAAUUAUCAGGUAGGCCUACUGUUUUUUUAGUUACUUAAUCUCGCAUGUUAGCGUAAUAGCUACACUAAAAAAUAUUUGUUAGUAUAACAAUAUCUCAUCUCAAAUCCAAAUACGUAAGCCAAAGAAGCACCUUUGCUGUUUGUUGAGGCAAUCGGUUCACGUGGUUUUAACAAUUUAGUCAGAUUGCUGUUCAGUAAAUACAAUUAAUAGGUUGCAGGACAUGUGACACUAGUCAGCCCAACUUAAAUAAAUGAGUUGUUUGAAAUAGUGACUCUAAGUAGUCUGCUAAGUCAAGAGUGCAUCUCAAGUGAAUUAUCAAGUAGGCUACUCCAUGUUUGUUUUUAGUUACUUGCGUGUAAGUGCACUAAACUGAAUAAGUAUUUGUUAGUAUAACAUGCAAUACCUUUUUCACUUUACAUAAGUCAAACAAGUACCUUUAAUUAGAUUUUUUAAGCUACUUGGUUUGCCUUAAAAAUCAAGUUAGUGGUACUUGUGUGACUUAAGUGCUUCAAACAUCCAUUACAUAUCAAUGAAAACUGGGUUAAUUCUCUUAAAAUAAUCGGAUUUAAAUCAAGGUAGUGACACAGAUCAAAUUUCAAUUAUAUGUUUAUUUAUUUGUUUAUUUGCAUUUUUGAUUUUCUAACAAACAAACUUUGGUUAAGAGGCUAGUCUGCACAAAUUUAGUUUAUAUGAAAUAACAAGCUUCAAACUUUUAUUUCUGGACACCACACACAGAGAUGUGGUCUGUCUGCGUCCAGAUUCUCUCGGCUGACAGUGCACGGCUCAGAGAUCAAAGGUGCUCAUUUGCAUUAAUUAACGCUGCUCAGUUAAAUAUUACCUUUCAGAGCCAAUCAAAGCGAUCGAGCAAAACACGAAGAUGAGACAUCAAAGCAGCGCCAAUCGAUGCUGUGCAGCAGUCUGAUGGUCACUGUGUAAACCAAACCGAGGCCUCAUUACAGGAUCAACUUUUUAAUGGACGCUGCUGCUGCUGACCACCACCACUGUCUGCCUCCCCUUUAGUGCUUUAAAAUGACUCACUCAUUUAAAUUAGAAACAAAAAAAAAAAAAAAAAUCUCAUUACAUAAACAAGACGUAAUGCACUUGGUAUGUGAGUGUGUAAAAAAAAAAACUCUCCAGACUAAAUAGUUUCUUUGCCGAGGUAAUUUAUGGCAUCUCUGCUGGCAUCGCUCCUAAAGGGGAUGUUUGAAUUUAUUAUAACAGAGCUGGACAAGUUCCCAGGAUGAAAAUAGACAUGUCUGUGUGUUCAAAUGCAACUUAAAACUAGCAGCUUUUUGGGGCUUAUUUUAAUGCAUGUUACAGUGUUGGGAGGCGACUUCUUAACAGAUCAUUCUCCUUAUCUAAAUCCACUUGAAAUGGGCUCCAGUGCCAAAAUAUUCCAGCUCUUCCUGGCCCUCUGCUGAGCCACCUUUUAGGAUUUCCAUGCUGCUCUAAUCGCCAUAAAGACGUAGAGGUAAAGCCAUGUAGAAAAUCUUUAUUGCAGGGGGCUAUUUCCAUAUAUGAAACCAAGCUUGCAUGAUCAGCAGAAAGGCUUUUCUUUUUUCCACACACACACACACACACCACACACCGCACACACACACAGGCUGACAUUGUGUGCUAUGCAGGGCGGUGUGAGCUGCAGAAACACUGUCCACUCCGCUUCACCCCACUGGCAUGCAAAGCCACAUCAUCAUCUAAUGCGAGAGGCGCUUCUUUUCCUCUGCGGGGAUUUUAUUCUAAUCCGGAGAGGUGUUUUUUUUGUCUUCACCAAACAGAAAAAAAAGGUGAGAGGAAGGAAGGUGGUGUGUGUUUGUUUGCGUGCGGAUUGUUUCAGUGCGGGAUGAAUGUAGGUUGUGAAGGUAAGGCAGCCCGGGUGUUGUGCCGCGGACUGGGUUAUGUGUCUUUAUGAUUUACGAGCCUGACUCCAGCCGCGGUUCAACCAGAGUUCAUAAAGCUGCAUGCCUCCAGACUUUAUUCUCUCUCGCUGCUUUCUCUCUUCGCCCUUAAAAAAACUGCUGCUUAAUAAUUCUGUUUCUGUUGAAUUCAAUUUAAUUAAGAUGUUGAUUUUUUCUCCCUUUAAAUCGCGUUUUGUUUCAGUUGAGGGCAGAAACAGCUGCAGCAGCAGCGCACAAUGGACUUGUGUAUUAUUUCGCAUUUGAUAUAGAUGGAUGAGCUUUUUAGUAGAUUGUGAUAUAAUAUUUAAUUAUUUUCUCCUUGAAAAUAUUACAGACAGCACCAUCCAUUAACUGAGCAAAGCCUGUUAUUUAUCAACACUUGCAGGCCUGAUGCAAUUCCAGGAAAACAGAUUUAAAAAGAAUGUAUUUAUUCCUAUAUUUAUUUAAAAUGCCUUUUUAUUUUAUGUGCCUUUUUAUGUUUGCAUGUUUAGACUAAUUGCUAUGAGUGUUUGCCUUUUGUUCUUGCUGCCAUAAUUGAUUAUAUCUUAUUAUUUUUAAAAGCAAGCUAAAUUCUUUAGAAAUAAUCUCGUUUUAAAACCUGAAAUCUUUAUAUUUCGUUUAUCUGCAUUACAACACAAUUAAUAAAUGAUAAUAAGCCUUGUUGUAAGCCAGUGAGGUGUACAGUGAUUUUAAAGGGUAUAAACGUGAGAAUUAAUUUGAUUUCUGCGCAGAUUAUCUUCUACUAUCCAUUUGCUGUUUUCCACAGGCUCUAUUUCCCCCAAACUCUUAUUUUGCCGUUGCCUCUCAGGCCAGGAGAGGCUUGCUAUUCAUGUCAGCAUACUAUUGAGUUGAUAAGAUGGAUCAUGUGGUCUCCUCCCUGAUUUCUGUCUCCGUCUUUUUUUCCACCCUCUCAGGCCAGAAGCUGCAGGGCUCUCUGGAAACCUGCCAUGUGACAUUUGGCUGCCAGCGCUCCGUCAGAAGGUCAAAGGGGGCCCCGGUGCACAUUUAAUGGAAAUGCAGAGAACCAGUGCGACACAAAACAUCCAGCAUCACGACUUCUUCUUCGGCGAGUCUCUGGAGGAUGUCAGCGGGUUCGGGUGCGCAGCCGCACACCAGCAGUUGGCGCAAGUGGAGACGUUUGAGCGCCGGAGGUCAAAGCAGCAACACAACCCCAAGUUCCCUUUGAGCAAAAAGAUUUUCCCCUGGAUGAAAGAGUCCAGACCCUCGAAUCAGAAACACGGCAGGAGGAUCGCAGACUGCACCGUCAACGAGAAGUGUCCGAGCGCGACCCCGGCCUCCAAGAGGACGCGCACCGCGUACACGAGCGCGCAACUGGUGGAGCUGGAAAAGGAGUUCCACUUCAGCCGCUACCUGUGCAGGCCGCGGCGGGUGGAGAUGGCCAGCCUGCUCAACCUCCACGAGAGGCAGAUCAAGAUCUGGUUCCAGAACCGGCGGAUGAAGCAGAAGAAGGACGAGAGAGUGCAGGGCCUCACUGCUACCACCACCACCACCACCACCACCACCACCACCACCUCCUCCUCCUCAACCCCGUCCUCCCCCUCCGCCCCGGGCAGCCCCACUCUAUCGAGCCUGGGUUAUGUCCAUCUGGGCGGGGAUUACCAGCCGGCCUCUCCUCCGCUCAAGUCUCAACAACACCAGUCCCAGCCGGUGUACCCGGCAGAAUACUCCAAAUAUCCAGCUCCAAGCUUUACGCACGGCCCUCAGUUCAAUGCGCAGUACGACACGCACACCACCUCGCGCACAACAGACCCAAAUGUGGAUGUUAACGGGUCAUAUUUCCCGCAGAGCUACACUCAGGACAGAAUCAUGCAAGCUCCGAAACUGACUCAUCUGUAGCAGA